AUGGUUAUUGACCCAAGAAUGAGGAGAGAGCAGCACGCCCCACUAUGCAUCAACAGGACUCAGGUGGAGACGGUGAAGACAUUCAUAUUCCUUGGCACCCACAUCAGUGAGGAUCUCACCUGGACCCAUAACACACGGCAGAUCAUCAAGAAGUCUCAACAACGACUCUUCUUCCUAGGGAAGCUGAGAAAAUUUGGAUUAACCUCCAAACUUCUCAGCAACUUUUACAGAUGCACAGUGGAGAGUAUCCUGACAAACUCCAUCACAGUUAUAGAUGAGAUUUACCGCGUGUUGCGCUACGUGAACUCUACCCGAGCACCUCAGCGAGCUCAUGAGGUUCUGCAGGAGUUGAGGGACAUCUCCUCCAUGGCCAUGGAGUACUUCGAUGAGAAGAUCGUCCCCAUUCUGAAGAAGAAACUGCCGGGAGCCGAUCUGUCUGGUCGCCUCAUUGGCUCUGCACCAGUGGCAGGUCCAUCUACCUCUUUGACCACCAUGUCCUUGCUGGCUAAGAACACACCUUCUCGCUCUGAGAUGACCAAGGUGCAGCAGCAGGUGAAAGUGAACGGGGCAUCGAUGACGGUAUUGCGGAGGGAGAUGCAGGAAAUUCGGGUCAAGCAGCUGGAGCAGCAGAAGCAGCUGCAGGACCAGGAGCAGAAGCUGCAGGAACAGAGCCAGGUGAUCGCUGAGCAGAACGCCCGCCUCGCAGAGCUGGAGCACAAGCUCCGUGAACUGAUGGAGAGUAGCGCUGCUGCUAUCGGAGGACCCAGGCCCAACACAACUGUCCCCUCCACAUCCAGCAGCUCUGCUGUGUCUUUCACUGCUGCCAGCACAUCUGCUGCUGUCUUGACAGCCGUGGCUGCAGCCUCACCCAGGGAGACAGAGGGUGAGGUAGGGUCUUCGCUAAAACGCACCAGAAAAAGCUCAGACCUUCCACGGCAAUCCAAACGGCUGCGCAGCAAGAAAUGAGAAACUCGGUGUGUCAUUUAGCUCAAGUUAUUUUGAUUUUUAAGGUCUGACUGAUCACAUCUUAAACCAGUGCCCAGAGUUAUCAGCCACUCCACCAACACACUUCCUGUAUACUGUCUCACACACAGCGCUGACACCACCUGCUGCGGUGUGGAAUAAUUCUCUGCUGUCCACAACCAAAGCACUGACCCUGAAUGUCAUCCAGGACUUUGCACAUGGUUAGGUUUGUCGUUACAGAACUGUUAAUGUCUGAUUUUCCUUUUGUUAAAGACUCGCCUAAAUAAUACAUUACUGUGUAAACACGUCACUAGUUUAUAGUUUCACCUUUAAAAAGGUCCCGUUCUCAGCUACUCCGCGUUGUAGUUUCUACUUUGAGCAGUGGAUUACUCCACAUGUGGCGGUGUAGUGAUUUCAGGCAGUGGACUGAGUCAGACUACAGUGUGACCUAGGGUGACAGAGUGACUUGCUCAUGAUUUAUCACUACCUGCAUGAUAAUGUAACUCUAUAGAAGACAUUAGGCUUUGGCUACACAAUGUUUUUUCUUAUGCUCCAUUCAUCAGUGUCCUGGUUCUGCACAUAGGGUUUGUUGGCCAGUCCUUGCAAGGCUUCUGAACCACUUAAAUCAAUAAGGGUAUAGGUGGAUGGUUGGCUAUUUGCCUCUAAAAAGGUUGUUUCAUUUAAAUGACUGUACUCUCAAAUGAAGAUGCUUAUAUUUGCAGCCUUGUUAACAGAAGUCACCUUGCACAUGUGAUUUAAUGCAUUUCCUGUUUGUUAAGAAAAUGUUCAUAUUUGUCAUUUUGGGAACAUAAACUACUAAAGGAUAUCGAAUGAAAAUAGGAAGUGUGAUGCUCCUGGAACAGCCUAACUGCGGUUGCAUGUUGUCAGUAGUUAGUGAUCUUCACAGGGGUCUAAAUCAGUUGCAACAGCUUCUUUCUAAGUUUGGCUAAGUGCAAUAUGAAUCGAUGAAAUAGUCAGUGGUUUAUUUCUUUGUAGUAGCUCGCUUUUUCUUUUUUUUCAAGAGCUGCUGCUCAGAUGAGUUUUUGAUGAAUUCUUGAAUCUUCAUGAAAAGCACGGCUGAAAGGAGGAGAAGGCCAAACUGUCAUGUCAAGCUCUUUGGGGGGGAAUAUGCACAUCAGUUUCUUUCCACUCUUUACAGAAGCAGCAGAGAGCACAGGAGCCAUGCUGUGCUGAAUAUGAAAGCAGUCAUGCGUUUGAAGCCCCUCAUGUCCAUAUUUGGCUGUUAUAUGAUGCAUUACUGUAUGAGCUGUGCUGAGGAUAAAAAUACUAUAAAACUGACCUUGAUGGCAAACUGGUGUUUUGCAUCUGUUCUCUGAAUAACGUGAGAAGCCUGAUAUGAGCUUCAAACAUUCUGCAUAUUCACUGUACACAACAUGUACUCCAGUACAGGUCAGUGUUUUACCCUGGGGGGGUUUCAUUGUGUAGUCUGUCCUGACUGCACAAACUGGAGACACACAAGGCCUAACUUUGGCAGGCUUGCACAAUACUUUUAAUACUUUCACUUUGCUAACAGUCUGAAAACUGAGACGACCUUGAAUUAAGUACUUUAACUCAAUAAAUGUAACCUGGUGUCACUUGCUGUCUUUUAUUGACAUUUUCAGCCACAUGUUGCUUGAUACAACAUUUGGCCAACCUCGUCUGCUGAUGAAGAUCUGAAGGUUUUAGUCCGUU